CGACACCACACUCUUUAAUUUUUUUUUUUGCUUAUGCAAUUUGCAUUGACCCUCGGUUGUAUAUUUGUGCUUGGAUGAAGACGUUUGGACAAAAAAAGUACUGUAAUUUCUAAAUAAACAUAACUCGGGGUUAAUCAAUCACGCGAAUGCCUGCUGCAUUUCCGCUUCCGGUAAGUGGAAAGACGCAUUUUUUGGCGUGGCUUUAGCCUCGUUCUGAAAGAAAUAUCGAGCAGGACCAUGUUGACUGAAGGUCGGAUUACGAGGAGAGUGAUUUUGUAGAGGGAAACUGAGAAAAUCACCAUGCCUUUGGUGCAUUUAGCUGACCCUUGGCAGAAAAUGAAAGUGGAAGAGGAGAUGGAGGUGAAUUUCUUCAAAUUCUGCUGUAGCAUCCCCGAAUUUUUCAAUUUCGAAUGAAAGAUUGAAGCUCACUCGAAUUUUUUCAAAUUUCCGUUUUCUCAGGUCGCAGACGAAGAAAUGACCGACGUAAAUAAAAACGGAGUAAGCUGGUUUCUGCCCAUAUUGCCGACUAUCUUGUCAAGCUUAUGUGUUUAGUUCAUAAAUUUCAAUCCUGAAUUCACUGAAAUUUCUUCUGUGCAUAGCCUGUCGAAGAAGAGAGAUCGUCCCUCAUCGAUGUAUCUGAGGAAGUCGUCAACUCAAAAGCCUGUCUGAAGGCAGACCCGUCACAAUUUGAGCUACUCAAAGUCCUAGGACAAGGCUCUUUUGGCAAGGUAAUUUCGUAUAACUCAAUUUUAUUUGCAGCUGCAUUUUUUAGUGUUUUUUUUAGGGUAACUGUUGUUGAAGCGCGUUUGAUCAUUGGCGCCAUUACUGAGCGAAGUGCUGCAAUCUACAAGGCUUUAUUGACCUUCUCGCGCUUUAAAUUAUCUUUAUUCAUUGUUGCUUUUACUGUUUAUACACUCCUGCAGUUUAACCAUUAUUCAUCAUUAUGUUAAAUAGGAGGAAAACGUUUUAUUAGUACUGUCUACUUAGUCAUUAAACCGCCUUGUUUCAGGUAUUCUUGGUGCGCAAAUUAACUGAUACGGACCGAGGAAAUCUGUACGCAAUGAAAGUUCUCAAAAAGGCGACCUUGAAAGGUAACUUAAGCUGGUUAAAAAUUAUGUUUGUUGUUGCUCGUGAAUGUUUAGUCGCCCUGAGAUUUUCAAGAUGUUUUUACCUCAAAGUUCAAAUUCUGGAAAACAAUUAUCUUUAUCUUAGGGUUUUAAAGAACAGGUUGAAAAUUUAAGCUUAUUUGCGUGAGAAGAAGCUGAAAUGUACAAAGUUGAUAUUGAUGGUAAUAGGCCCUGUCUUCGACUUUGACCGGCUUUUGGGCGAUAAAUAUCUUUCAGCGUUCUAGCGUCCGUAGAAAUGUAGAUUUUCGAAAUGUAGCUAAAUAUGCGUUAAGUUAUCUAAGCUUAUAUUUUAUCACAAAUCAGAUUUUCAAUAUCUGUUGAGUUAUAUCUCUGUAAUAUUGGGUAUUUUGACUUAAUGCCCUUUCUGUAUGCGCAUUUAUUUUAUGGUUGUUGCUCUUUUUCUUCUUGUAGUUCGUGAUCGAUUAAGAACGAAAAAAGAAAGGGAUAUUCUUGUGGAUGUUCAACAUCCAUUCAUAGUUAAACUUCGCUAUGGUGAGGCUGGUUUUCAAAUUUUAUGUUGUUUUACAUUCCUCUCUCUGACUACUCGUUUGCUCUUGACCUUACUAGAGUAAAACUCUGAUGUAAAUUUAAUUCCUUCUAUUGUGAUCCUGAUUAGAUCUUGUAAUGACAACACUAACAUUUGUAUAUUGUACCGUAUUAUAAAGCAACUUGAAAAUCUUAUAAGCAGCCAUAGUUGGGAAAGUCGUAGAGAGGAAUGCUUCUUGUCAACCACGUCACAUGUAGCUCUUGCUUUUUUUCCCUGUGAAAUUGCCAUUUACUUGUAAUAUAAUAUCCUAAUUCAGUAAUAUAUUGAGAGCUACUAUGUGGUGGCUUUUUGAAGGCAACCUUUUAAAGUAUUCGUAGAAUUCAUAGGUAAAUUCCAUCCAGCAGCUUGGGAGCAAAGUGGUAUUAAAAGAAAAACAAAGUACUCUGGCAUUUGCUUUCUGGAGUAAUUCAAAUGAGCAAAUGAAACAGCUUUACCCUGAGAUUUAGAACACUUAAAAAUCUAACAGAAUUCUUUCUUUUUCAAAUGGAAAUUCCUUAAGCAGAGUGGUGUAAAAGUUAUUUUACUGGCACAUAAGAACUGUUGUCAUUGGCUAAUAAAAAACUGUUCAACAACAACUUAGCUCUCCAAAAUUUAAAACUACAGCACUGAGUAAAUAAUAAAAGGUGAAUGCAAUGAGGCUUAGCAACUCCUGAUCAGAGUUCAAGCUCUCUUUUAGCAUACACAAAGCAAAUUUGAAUGAGUAUUUAACAGUUUAUCAUGUCACACACUUACACUUAUUGAUCGUUGACAUCUAAGUGUUACUUUGUUUAUUUCAAUGUUAGCUUUCCAAACAGAAGGCAAAGUGUACCUUAUACUUGAUUUUCUAAGAGGAGGAGAUUUAUUUACAAGACUUUCCAAAGAGGUGAGUAACAUACAUGUGCAUGUAAUACUUUGUAAGCCUUAAUAGUUUACCUUGCGCCACCACUGCUCUUUAUUAUUUACUUCAUGCUGGUAUUAAUUUUGUGUAAUGUUCACCUUCAAUUAAGUUGUCAUGAAUAAAUUAAUGAAUGAAUGGAUGAAUGAAUGAAAAUAAUUUUGUAAAUGAGUUGAUUAAAGAUGUUCCCUCUUUACAUUCUACUGUAACAUGUUAACAUUAAGCUUCGAUGUCUGCAUACAAUAGCACCACUGGCAGUUGCUAUCAGUCUGUUUAUGAUCUUACUGUUACUGACCCUUGCCACGAGGUGAAUGAGAUGUAUUAGUUAGACCACACCAGGGCUCAAAGUUUAAAUUUGAGUUGGGGAGCGCUUGUGCUACCAGAUGUAAAUUUUUAGGCGCAUAGCUGAAAAUUCUAGGAGCACAGCUUACAAUGUUGGGAGCAUCUAUUUCAAAAGAAGAAGCGCCACUUUAUAUGUCAUUUUCAGUUUGUUACUGUUAUUUCAGUCCUGUGAUUGAUAAAACACAGCCAAUUUGCUGCACAGUAAUACCAUCGUGAUUUUUAGUACUAAUUUCUCUUUUUGACAGUACAGUUGUGACCAAAGAAAACUUACACUUGAAAAAAAAUCAAAACAAAAAAAGAGUACGUCAAACAAGUAUGAAAAUUUGUCUUUAAUGAAUUUGUUAAAAGCGCAAUGACUUACAUGUAACUGGAAUAUGAGUUAAAAACUUUCUUCCCUGAUUAAAAAAAGGCUUUUAAUCCACACUCUUUUUGUUUGGACUGUUGUUGGGAGAAAGGACAGAAAGGAAGACAAUGUAACUUAGAGCCUGGUUGCGUUUUACUUUCAUUGCUUGAAGUUACUGUUUAGCGUCUUUCUAGUUUGAGUACGUAAGUAUGGUCGGAAGCAGGUCAGUUGCACUUUGCUUUGGGUUUUAUGGUGCACAGGUGCGAUUACACAUGGAUUUUUAGGUGCACAACCAAAAAUCCAGUGGCAUAGGUGACCAGUUAGUCGUCAACUUUGAGCCCUGCACACCAUUAGGAAAUGUCCCCUUCUCUUUUGAGACGGUAGUGUGGAUUCCUUUACUUCCCCUUCGAUUUGAUCAUGAAGAUGUCAUGGUAUCCCAUGCACUCGAUAUGCUGCUGCUCCUCAUAUAAAUAAUUAUAGUAUUGUGCUCUGUCAUGAUAUAGUUGUUUUGGAAAAUUUGGAUCAAAAUGAGGUAUUACAAAAAAACUGCAUGUUGAAUUAAUUCCUGUGAUAUUUUAUUUUACUGGGUUCUCAUUAAGUUUUAAAGUAGACAGCUAGGAUGUGAAAGCAGGCAGCUUGGCAGUCAAGUGUUGUAGGCAAUUUGAGGCUUUCUCUUUUUCACUUUACCCAUGUGCGCUCCAAAGUAGAUGGCUCAGACCUCAAAGUAGCCGGUUUUUUGGCCGGUUGCGGGCACUUAAUGAGAACCCUGUAUUUAAUUUUUGGAUUGUGUAACCAGUAAUCUGUUACUAUGUCACCAUAUGAUGACCAUGUUAUUGAGAGAUGAAUCAUCAAUCUAGCUUUUGAUUCUGUGUGCAAAAUCCUAUUGGGUUACCAUUCAAAUGAAAUGUCUUUAACAGAUCUCUUGCAUGGUUCUAUUUAUUUAAUAGGAUUUUUACAAAAGCAGGGUGCAAAGAAAAUCAUUUUUAGAGCUUGCCAUUUGGGCAAGCUGAAGCUAGCAUUUACUAGCCCUGACGUCAUUUCAACUAGCCCCAAAAGCUUUUCGUCGAGCAGAAUUGAUUUCGCACUUCUUCUGUUUUUCGAAUUCCUCAAAGAACAUCACUUGCCCGUCAGGCAAGUUAAAAACAGAUUUCACUAGCCCGAUAGCAAAAUCCACUAGCCCCAGGCUAUCGAACACUACUUUCUUUGCAUGCUGAAAAGAAGUAAUUUGAAAGAUUUGGAAUUUUUGCCUUUAUGGCCUCUAUUGCGAAUAGAAGGGUUUAUCUAAUGAUAUUAAUUGAACAAUAUUACUAUUAAGUUUGUGUAAUCCUUUUGUUUUACUGUUUGGAUACAAACCAAGUGGUUAAUACAUUUUCUCCGCAGAUAAUGUUUACUGAAGAAGAUGUAAAAUUUUACCUUGCUGAGUUAGCAUUAGCACUGGAUCAUCUUCACAAAAUAGGAAUUAUUUAUAGAGAUCUCAAACCAGAAAAGUAUGUUAUGCAUAACAUUUCCUGAAAUAGUUCACAAAUAUUUGAUGUGGUUCAAAUAAUUUUUUUUGGUUUAAAAUUAGCAAAACUACGUUAAAAUAAUAUUGUCGUUUUCCUUUGUUUUUAAUAGAUUGAUACAAACUUAAGGAAAAACCAAAGUGGUUUGAAAUCCUUAAACCAAAGAAUAAUAAUUGAACCACCACAUAUUAUUAUAAAUUAACUUGCCAAGUUGUUUCCUAUUUUGAGCACUACUUUUAGGUUUUGAAUAAGUUGGUUAGCAACUAAACCUAUAUGUACAUGUAUGUUGUCCAACGCAACAAUUUGCCUGUGGUCUAAACCUCUUAUUUUUCGGAUUACCUUGAACUGUGGUGAGCAAUUAAUAAUUUUAACUAAGAGUUUAGGCAUUGUUUUUAUUCAUGAGUCUUUGUUUCCCAUGUGGAACAUUGAUUAAGCGAGUUAAUAUUUUGAGUCUGGUAUAUUAUUAUAUGUGUGUUGACCAUAAUUAACUUGGUUGCUUGGUGAUGAUACAUGUAUUCAGAAAAGGAUUAGCUAAAAAUAACCACCCAUUCUCAAAUUUAAAAAUAUUUAAUAAUGUGCAGUUGGUCACUUGCCAAAUUAAUUUUAAAUCUCAAGGUGGCAAAUUAGCUGCCAUUAUAUAAUUAUAUUCACCAUGGCUAACAAAAUGAUUACAGCGUGGACAAUUUUGCCUAUAUGAGGGUCUUGAUCAUGUACAAAUGUAAGCUGAUUAAGGGAUCUUGUAUUUAAUGUUUAAAAAAUAGAUGAUGCAUGUAGACAAAAUUGAAACAUUUUUUCUCUGCAAUAUAAUUGAUGAAUAUACAUACACCACCAUAACAAUCCAAAACUCUUUCUAAGUAUCCAAGUACCAUAUGACGCACCUCAAACUUUUCAACACGAUUUCUUUCAACUUGAUAAACUGAAAAUUAAGCUAUGUAAAAUACCUAGCUAUAAGGUGCAAUCUAAAAUUAUACAGUUGAUAGCUUUCUGUAUCAUCAGACUACAUCGACUUUAUAUUUUAGUCAUUGUAAAGCAGUAUCAAACAUCAUCACAUCAAUAUAAAAUGUAUAGCAUUGAAUUCAGUAUUAUACCGGAAAUAGAUAGAAUGUUUCACUUAACCUUUCUUUUUUAAUUCUUAAUCUUUAAUUUUUUUUCAGUAUUUUACUAGAUGCUUCUGGCCACGUCACGCUAACAGGUUUGUGUCUUUCAAUACUUGGUUAACACCCAGAAUAAACUGUACAUUUAGACAGCUUGAAUUAAAUUAACCCUUCAAUUGUGCAAGGCUUACUUUGCAAAAGUUGUUUUCAGAAAGUGUAGACACCCUCGUUUUUGUCUACUUGAUCUGUUUUUUUUUUAAUGACACAUACACUAUCUGCUUGCUUAUUAUAAAUUUUGUUAUUGAUAUUUUCUUGGUGUUUGGUUCAGAUUUUGGGCUUUCAAAAGAGUCUGAAUAUGACCAGAAGACUUAUUCAUUCUGUGGAACAGUGGAGUAUAUGGCCCCAGAGGUAGGUCACAUAUUUGUUGGAAUUUAAGAGGAAGGUGAUAAAAUUUGAGUAGGUGGCAGCAAAGUAGAUUGAAAGGUGCAGAGUGCUUUCCAUGUGGCACACCCAUGUGUGGGGGUACUGUGGGUUGGGGAAGUGGGGGCCACCCUCUUUUCCCAUAAUGGAAUUUCAAUUAUUUAGUUAGCCUUAAAAUGCAUUCCAGAACAAACGGUUAUGAGUAUGGCUCCCUUAUUUAUUCACAUUUGCUUUAUUUUAUGUCCUAAUAAUAAUUAUGAUGUUUUUAUUGAACAAAAACGUUGAGAAACAGAAAUUAAUAUCAUCAUAUACAUGUAGUGUAAUACGAAGGAUUUAUUGUUACACUUUAAAAGAUUUUUUGGUGAGUAGGUGGUUCUUCUGUUACAACAAGUUUUUUCUGGAUCAUGGAAGCUUCAGGGGAAUAAGAGAGUCUUAUGAACUCAGUGAAUAUUCUUCAAUGUACACGUGCACCUGUAAACAUUUGCAACAGCGAGUCAAAGGGUGUGGAGAUUUUUAUGCCCAACAGAUUUCCCAAGAUGUUCAAAGUUUUUUUAAAUACAUUGCAAGGGAUGACAAAAUUUUUACUUCUCUUGGAGUGUGCUUUUCAUAAUGAGAAUUGAAGUUCAAGAUUAUUUUGUAGGCAUGAAUAUAAGACCCAAGGUGGUAGACUACAGUAAGAACUCACGUGUAAGAACCUAGAAUUUUGGAGGUCAGGCUGAACAGUUUCUUAUAUUUUGGGGUAUUUUUCCAAUAACAGGCUGAUUAAGUUCUUAGUAGGUUCUUAUAUUUUUGCAUAAGUUAUUAUAGUGAUAGCAUUCAUUGAUCUGCAAUAGUACUUAUGCUAUAAUUGUAAAGCAUUUACAAAAAUGUCGAGCCUUGUUGUCGAAACAAGUCCUGUAUCAUGGGCCUGGAGUGUUUUUUUUAUAUAAGAACCUAUUUUUCUUUGUCAAGCUGAAUAGGCUCUUAUAUUUUUGGGUAUUAAAAUGCAAAAUUUGAGCCUGUAGGUUUUUAAAUCACGAGGUUCUUAUACGCGGGUUUUUACUGUAGUACAAGAGUUGAGAGGACCAUAAGAAAGUUACAUUCUUUGAAAUGUAAGUUACUCAUGAAUGUUCAAUUUAUUGUAGGUUGUAAACAGAAGAGGCCACUCACAAGCAGCAGACUGGUGGUCAUAUGGAGUUCUCAUGGUAUGAAAAACGCUUUUUUCUGUACAGUUUAACCCUUUAAGCCCCAAUAUCCACUUACAAAUUCUCCAAACUGAUCUCUAUAUAUUUCCUUGAAGAAUGAGUUGAGAGAAUUUGAUAAAAGAUCAAGCGAUUUUCUCUUAUGUGAUCAUUUUAUUCAUUCUCAUAACCUAGUCUCUUGACAAUGUAUGGAUAUCAUUGGGGGAAAAUUGAUGUUGGUCACUAUUGGGACUUAAAGGGUUAAGUCACAAUAGUUGACACUAUUAUGUCAUUUUACCAUAUAAGGCCAAGAGAACGCGCGCAAAAUACGAGGCCGUAAUACACUGUUGUGUGCUGGUUUAACCAGUUUACAACAGAGUGAAUACCGGCGGAUGCAAAAGGAGCAACUAGGGCUGAACUCAACGAACCGGCGGACGAACCUAAUUUGACUUGUUUGGGCCCUUUGGACUUGACUUUUUUACUGACCAGGAACUUUUAUUGACUAAACUGACUUAACUGAACAGACAGAACAAACAGAAAUUGGACAACUCAGUGAUGAAGACAUUGACAAUUUUAUUACUGACAACUGAAACAAAAACAGAACUAAGAAGACAGAAAGUGACCUUAACGUAUUUUGCAGGUGGGCAAAAACUUUUAGCAAAACAAGAACUCUUGAAAACAUAUAUCAGAGCAAGAACUUGACAAACUUUUAGCUCACUUUGUUUUAAACAUAGCUAAGCAAAACGGGGACAAAUAUGAACCUGACACAUUGACGUCUCUGUUACAGAGUUUCGACCAUUUAUUGGGGGAAAAAGAAAAAACAUUACAGUAUACUCACUGACAGACAGUUUGCAAAGGCCAGAGAAGCUGUGUCUCGCAAACAAAAGCAGCUUCGCCAUGCUGGCAAAGGGCAAAAGCCAAACAAAGUGCUUGGACUAAGUGAAACUUAGUUUCAGAACUUGUGGGAAGAGAAACAACUAGGAUGCCACACACCACAUUACAAAGCCUUUUUUUUACGUACAGUAUGGUUUAACAACACCAUGUUAUUUACAGCUCUUUUUGACCCAGCAUUUGUUUGGGAUCAGGUGUUGACCUUUCUACCAUGUCUUGAAAAACUGCAAUGUCAAAAUCUGAUAGUUUUCACUUUUGUAAAUUUUCAGUAUGAGAUGCUGACUGGAGCUCUGCCAUUUCAAGGCAAAGACAGAAAAGAUACAAUGAACAUGAUCUUAAAGUGAGUGAAAUAUAUGCUUUGCAUUGCUUUGGUGGGGAAAAGAAGCAAGUGUAAUCUAACUGAUGAGUUGUAACCUAAUCUUUUUUUGGUAACAACAGGGCCAAGCUUGGCAUGCCACAAUUUCUGUCACAGGAUGCCCAAUUUUUACUAAGACAGCUUUUCAAGCGAAACCCUGCAAAUAGAUUAGGUAAGUACAAGUAAGUACAAACUUAUAAAACUGAAGAAAUUCUUCCACAAAAUAUGACUGGAGUCGAAGUGCUUGCUAACUAAUAUUUGAUCAUAAUAUUAUUAAAUAAUAUUUAAUAUUUAACUAUUGAGCUACACAGUAGCUUGAAUUGAAUCUUCAUUGUCCCUGCUGCCAGUUCCCUUUGGAUGGGCUUUCCUUUCACUAGAUAUUUACUAUGCUUGAAGUGUCAUGCCAAAAAGUAUGAACAACACUGUUGGUAAAAUAAAAAAUUUUAACAUUUAACAAUAAUAGCUAGUAGCAGUAGGCAGGGAGAUCAAAACCUUUUUAUUUUCUUUGCCUUGUCUGAGCCAAAUCUAAAGUUCUUUCUCCCAGAAUAAUUGUCAUUGGUUAUUUUAGAUAUGCUUUGGGAGAUGUACUUGGUAUGUGCAUUUGAGCUAUAUUAUGUGAUAGGCGCCUUUUUCUGUCAUAAGUAAGGAGUUCACAGGUGUUAUCAGUCGUUUUAUGUGGCAUGUACAGUGUGGGUUUUCAGCGGUCAGCUACUUUCAUGGUGCUGGUUAAAUAUUCCUACAUCUGAUGUUUUUCUAGGUUUUGGUGAGAAUGGUAUAGAAGAUAUCAAAGCUCACGAUUUCUUUAAAUCCAUCGACUGGGAGGUAUGUUGUGUUCCAUCAGUCUUACUUUUUUGGGUGUAAUUUUGAAAAAUAGUGCUAAAAGGUUCUUGAUGUACAUGUAACAAAAAAGUACAAUGUUGGGCAAACCAGCCUGUAUGUGGAUGUUUAGUACAUUUUUAGGUUUGAGUGACAAGUCACCUGACAUUGGGACAGGUUAAAGCAACAAUCUGUGCUCUGUGCAUUGAACCAUGAUUUUGUGAAGCUCUUCUUCUCUGUGACCUUUGUAAUUUGUGUGACUAGAAAUUUUUUCAUUUCUAUAUGACAGAAAUUAUUCAAAAAAGAGCUCAAACCGCCAUUCAAGCCUGCUGCUGGAAGAGCAGAUGAUGCAUUUUAUUUUGAUCCUGAAUUCACCUCCAAGACACCUCAAGGUACAUUGUGUUUACCUGUUAUUAUUUACUGUUGGCCAAUUAAGUUAAUGAUAAAUUGAAAACAACUAAUUGUGAUAAGACAAGCGAGCAAUCCUGGCAAGCCGGCAAUCAUCAGUGUUGGAGCAAGAGUGUUGUAUCCUCUGAAACCUUGCCCACGCUCCCUAACAGUUGGUUUUUACUACCUUAUUGGUAAUUAAUUUUGUGUGUCUUUAAUUUCGUGUUUCCUGCAAUUGUAAAAAUAUCUCAAAAUUAAAGACCUGUGAAAUUUAAUACACUUAUAGAAAAUUCAAAUAACAGUUGACAUGUAAUAGCAACGAUACAAAAAUGUACUUAUUGACAAACACAAAUUGCUUUCUGGUUUUACUGGUAAGCUCCAUUAUGUAUCCUCUGUUUUGAAAUGACCUUAGUUUGCAAAGAUUUCAAACAUUUCUUGUUUGAGUUUAUCUAAUUUUCUUAAAGGUUCAGACUUUUAAAUGAAGUUGGGAACACUUAAGUCACGAAAUUUAAUUCCCUAUUUUUAUGUUUACUUGUUAAAAUUGUGAGAACAAAACCCCGCAAAAUACUGUCUUGCCAAAAUCGUGAAAUUAAGUACCUGCAAAAUUAAGAACCAUUAAUAAUAGGAAGUCUAUAACUGUUAAAACUUCAGGGAAUUUGCUCUUUCAGUUGUCUUAUCCUACCCCUUCAUGGACGAUUCCUGUUUGGUACUAAUCUUGAGAAUUUGACCCACAUUACUACCCUACUGGGCCUGAGUAGUCAACUACAUGUACAUACAUUUAACUUUGUAUAUUGCAGUGAACUAAAGCCCUUUCAAUCUAAACUUGCUCACCUCAAACUCUCCCUAAUGCAAACUAAUACUAUUCUACUUUCCUUUAUAAGAAAAUCUUCAUUUUCUGGUUGUUUUGUGUAGAUUCUCCUGCCGUCCCUCCCAGUGCCACUUGUCACCAGCUGUUCAGAGGAUUUAGUUUUGUUGACCCAUCACUUGUAGAAGUAAGUAAAGUGUUACAUGAUUGUUUGACAACAACAGCAAUUACAACAACAACAACAACAACAACAACAACAGCCUUUAUUGCAUCAAGAGAAAUUCUACAUUUUAUGAUAGCUUAUGGUAAGGAAAAAAUGAGGUUACCAAAAAAAUUGAUGAAUGAGGUUGUUAUGAAGCACUUUGUCUCAGGGAAAUUUCUUCUUACAUACUGACUACAGAAUUUGUGGAUUUUGGAGGCUGUAAUUUAGAAUCAGGAUCAAAUGCCAGCCUAGUACUCAACUUGGGUAGUUUUGGAGCUGACUAGAUUUUUUUGGGGGGGAAAUCUCUAGGGGGUAAAUGGUUUAAUACAUGUAGCUAAUGAUGUUUUAUUGAAACAGGAAGAGCAAUCACAAUUGACAUCCAACGGAUCAGACAAAAUGGAGACAGACCACAAAGUAGGUGUUCUGCUAGUUUUGGAUCAAUGUUUUCACUUAGUCUGUGUCCUUAAGACAACUUUAAGUUAAUUUUAUUUUUAUCAUUGGAGUAAAUGUCUUCUGUUACAAAAGUAUACCCACCACUGUCCUUUCUAUAUUUGUUGUUUGGGAUGUACAUAAAGACAUUGUAAUCGUGGUGGUCAAAAUAGUUUCAGUCUGUCUCCUGUGAUUAGAUAUUUUAUGUCUAUGGAAAAAUCUUCAUGUUUAUUUUUGCUCUCUCUUUUGUAGCCUGUACCGACAAAGUUUCAGAUUAGGACAACAUCAAUCCUUGAGGAGUAUGAAAUUAAGCAGGUGAAUUUUGUAUAAAAUAAUGUUGGUUGUAGUUGCACAUCACACUUCAUCGUUUUUCUGGCAAAUGCUUUAAAAUGCCAUAGCCAAGAGCAAAGUCACAUAUGGAAAUAGGCAAAACAUGAUAAAUUUGACCCAAGUAUCUUUUUUGCCAUUCAGAGACUCUUCUCUGGCUGUGAGGGGCCCAAAUACUUGUCAGCCAAACAAGAAAAAUAGGUGGAAUGCAGAUGAUAGGAGAUCUACCCGUCUAGUAACUGUAUUCACUCCUCCUCUUGUGCCCAGUAAAUUAGUGGUAAUUGUCCUUUUUUCCUCUGUUGUAGGAAAUUGGAAGGGGGUCAUAUUCAGUAUGUAGAAAAUGUAUUCACAAAGUGUCUGGAGAGGAGUAUGCUGUUAAGGUACGUAAGGGCUGUGCCAUUUCAAAAAUCUCAUGAAAACCACGAAGGAACUUUUUGGUGGGUAAGGGAGUUUGGUGAUUUAUUUUGGGCUCAGUUUUGGGCAGGACUUUUUUACCAAAAAUAUAUGACUAACAAGCCUAUGGAAUAUGAAAAAAAAAUAAGGUAAGGUAAAGGCGAAUACAAGUCAAAGGCCGGAGCUUGUCCCGGUUUCCUUAGCAUGAAGUUUGCCUAGGAGUAUUGCUACUCCCCACUGGAUGGGAUGCUACUUCAUUGCAGGGUUACCCCUAGCAGUAUGUUGUUGGUACCCAUUUAUACACUUGGGUGAAGAGAGACAAAUUGGAGUAAAGUUCCUUGUGUAAGGAAACAACCUGACGGGUGAGACUUGAACCCUGGACCUCCAGAUCUGGAGUGUGAGGCGUUAACUGCUUAGCCACUCAUGCCUCCACCAAAAAAAAAUAUAUUUUGUUUGCACCAAUUCAGUUUGCAGGAAAUUUUUUUUCCUGAAAUCACCCUUGAACUCUUCUCUCCACACAUAUUCUAUGAAUUAUUUACUGAAAUCAACAUACUCCCUUUAACAGUCAAAUGAUAGGGGUGUAAGGGACAGAACAGUGAUGACCCCGAAUGUCAUCUAGAUUAAGUCCUGUUAUCCAAACCCCAUGUUAUUGUGGGUUGAGUUUGUCAUUGGCCAUUAAAUAAAGCAAUCAGUCCAGUUUCAGACAUUAAAGCUGCUUAUUUUUCCUUCAACAGGUUGUCGAUAAGAGUAAAAGAGACCCAACUGAGGAAAUAGAGGUAACAAAAACAACAACUGAUUUAAUGAAGAAUAUUAACCUAGUGCUAGGUGUUACUUUUCAGUGUCAGCACGUGGGGAAUUAGAAAAAUGUGGUAUCUUCUACCUUAAUUUUAGGGUGGCAGGGAGAUGUAAAGAUGCAUGCAUCACUGCCAGUCUGUUUUAACCCUUUAAGCCCUUAUGUCCACAUGUAAAUUCUCCACACUGAGCUCCGUGUAUGUACUUCUCCUUAGCUUACGUGUAGUCGCACCCUCCCCCCUGACAAAGGAAAAACGGAGAGUGGGAGCGUGACUUCAUCUGGCACGAAUCGUGUUAUGUGACGUCACUCUUAGCCUUUCGUAGAUGCUCCCUCUCUCCAUUUUUCCUUUGUCCGGGGGAGGGUUUGGCUAUACAUAAGCUAACAUUUCCUUAAAGAACAAGUGGAGAGGGUUUGAUAAAUGAUCACCGGCUUAUUUCUUGGAUGAUUAUUUUGUUUUAUUCUCUUACCUUUUACCCUGAUUAUAUAUGGAUAUUGUGCGGAGAAAAUUUAUGUUGGUCACUCUUGAUGGGGGUUUAAGCACAUUUUAACACAAGUAUUGGUUUUACAUGUCAUUGUUUACUUGUUUUAGCUAAUGCUGACAUGCAGUACUAUUUUUCAUCAGAUUCUUUUGCGGUAUGGAAACCAUCCAAACGUUAUUCACCUGAGAGAUGUAAGUUCUAUAUUGAACGAAUACGUUUUCCCCAUUCUCUCAUUACCCACUUUUCUUGACGAUUAAUCACAUUGUAUUGUUUGUUGUGCUGUUUCAUUCCUUUGAAAGGCUGGAACCCGGGAGUCAUUUCAUAAGUAGGUGGAGAAUGAUUGGGUGAUCCUAGUCCUGAAUAGGACUUUUGCUGACAGUGACUGAUGUUUCAACAACCUGUGCGGUUGUCAUCUUCGUGUCAAUGUAAGUUAUAUCAUGUCAGUUGAUGGUAUCAGGUCAAUAACUAGAGUUGAAUGCCAUCAACUGAUGUGAUACGACUCACUUUGACUCUGAAGAUUUCCACCACACAGGUUGUUAAAACUUCAGUCACUGUCAACAACAGUCCUAUUCAGGAGUUUAUUCACAAGGACAAUCGUGCUCCACCUACUUAUGUUUCCUUUGUGGUUUCCUUGUACUUUGGUAUCCAGAGAGUGACUGUCGUGAAUCUUAUACUGUUUGAAGAAAAAAGAGAUGAUCGACUUCCUUGGAAUUGCAAACAUUAAGCUCAUGUAUCAUUAUUGUUCUGUUUGCUAGGUUUAUGAUGAUGGUAAAAACGUGUUCAUGGUCAUGGAGCUGAUGAGAGGAGGCGAACUCUUGGACAGAAUACUGAAACACAGGAGUCUUUCAGAAAGAGAAGCUGCACUGAUAAUGUACUCUCUUGCUAGCACGUUCGCAUUCCUUCAUGAGGAGGGGGUAUGUUUAACUUUUUUUUUAUUAUACAUUGUAGUAAGUUGCUAUCUGUUUUCUUAUUGGCCCGUUCACCUUGGAUACAUCACUGAGAUGAAUUGACCAACAGAGACUGGGAAAACGCUGUACAGGGACUAGGCAAUGAGCACCAUAUACAGUGGUGGUCAUUCUAUAGAGUGCCUUUGAGCCUUGGAUACAAUUCUUUUAACUUGUAUCAGCUAUAUCAGAUGACUUAAGCCACUUUUAACAACUGAGCUACUAUUCAAAUAUUCUCAGUUUAGACAGAUAAAAGUGACUUGUUCAACCAAACCAAAGCUAUCAAGUUUUCUUUGAAGAGUGCAAUUUUUUGGUUUCCAAUAAAUUGUACCAAGGGUACAUAGGGUAAAUUAGACAUAGGGUACCAAUAAAUUGUUAAUUUCUUUCCCAGGGUCAAGGAUUAAGAACUUAAGCGGCAUGCAUACACUUGUUCUUAAUUAGUUGGGAGUACUCCUUAUGCCAUAAAAAUAAAUUCAUGUCUUGCUGUUGUUACAGGUUGUACACAGGGACCUAAAGCCAAGCAAUAUCAUGUAUGCAGAUAACAGCGGCACUGCAGAAUCACUAAGAAUAGUCGACUUUGGGUUUGCCAAGCAGAUCCGAGCAACGAACGGCCUUCUGAUGACACCUUGUUACACAGCAAAUUUUGUGGCCCCUGAGGUUCUAAAGAAACAGGGUUAUGAUGCUGCAUGUGAUAUCUGGAGUCUUGGUGUUCUACUGUACACCAUGCUGGCUGGGUAAGUUACAAAGUGGUGUAGGGAACUUAAACCUUUCACUGCCAGAGUGAAUGAUGGAGUUUUGUGAGGUGGUUCUUACAACUGUACUUUUGAUUCUGUGGAUGAAAUCCUAUGGUGUUACCACUCAAAUGAAACCUCUUUAGCAGUACUUUCACAUGGUGCUAUUUAUUUGUUAUGUAGUUCUAACUUUUUUGUCUGUGGACAAAAUCCUAUGGAGUGACCAUUCAAAUGAAAUCUCUUAGGAAGCUCUUUCAUGUGGUGCUAUUUGUUUUUAAAAAUUUUACGAAAUGAAAUUUGGGAUUUUUGUCGAAUUUGCCUUUUUGUCACAUUUGGCAGUGAAAGGAUUAAGCAAUGAUGUUUUUGAGCAAUGCAUAUCAACCGGAAGUGAGGCCUUUUCCACUUUAAUUUGCCUUGAUGCUAACUACCAAAUGCGUAUAUAUGUGCUAAAUUUCUUACACUUAUAGAGACAAAUUGCCCCAAAAUUUGGGCAAAACCACUGGCCAAGAAUGCAAAAGUCUGUUUCCGGUAGACGUGCGUCGCUAAAAAAUGUCUUGCUUGAGGUCCUUUAUGAUUCUCCACUAGUGGAGCUAGUAAGGACGUGUAAUGUUUGGAUCAUGCGUUGUCCAGUAAUCUGUGGUAAGAUUGUUAGAGUCGUACAUGUAAGUAGCCUGCGUUGCAACCGGCCCACGUAUCGCGUAAACCAUUGGUGUGGCUAUAAGCAGAUGGUUUAGGGUGUCUGCAACGCAGGCUAAGAUGUAAGCCAUCGGCCAUUUUGAAGUUGUGCUCAUGAUCAGGUUGUUGGUAUGUUGAUUUGCAUUAUGAGGUUAUUUUAGUUUGCGAACUUUGACCCAUUUUUCCACCGAACCACGUAAUAGGCAAUGAAAGAAGUGUCAGCGUCCCCAAAGCAAUCCCAUAAUGCAAUUCGACACAACACUGACCUUCCCAGUCAAACUGGUUUUAAUACGGUUUUUUUCAAGAUGGCGUUAUUUUGUUAUAAGUCACUACUAGAUUUCAUUUAGAUUUUUCCUUCUUAUUCAAAUUCAGUUUACUGUAAACCUUACCACAACAAUGCCUUAACUUCAGUUUCCAAACACAGAAAUUCCCCAAUUCCUAUUAAUAAAGCUUUUUGUGUUUACCUUGACAACUUUCCAAAUCAUAGUUUGCAGUUGAUAAAACAUGCGUUAGAAAGCUUUUCUUGAACUCUUUGUAAAAUUAAGCCGCAGCAUAUGAUUGCAUGUUACAUCUUUAAAAUGUAUUCCUUAUCUCUCUCAUAGGCAAACGCCAUUUGCUGUUGGGCCAGAGGAUUCUGCUUCUGUCAUCUUGGCGAGAAUAGGAGAAGGAAAGUAUUCCCUUGUUGGAGGGGCCUGGGACAGCAUGUCAGAUGUUGCCAAGGUAACUAAUUGUAUCAAUAGUUGGAUAUCUAUUUUGUUAUUUUCGUUCAGCCCUAUGAUUACUAAAUUUAUGGGAAUAUGCUUAUUCAUAAUCAUUUUGCCUUUUCUUUAGGACUUGGUCAGACAAAUGCUUCACGUAAACCCGCAUCUGCGACUAACGGCAAAACAGGUAAAAAAAUGUUUUUCAGGGAAUUAAGAUACUUUAGUUACUUUUCGACGUGAUUCUAAAAGUGGGUUGAAUAGUUAUCUCAGGGAUUUCUUGGUUGAUUCUGGGUACGAAUUUGUAGAGUUAUUAAGUCAGUUCCUGUAACAGCGAUGGUGUAAUGUUAAACCGAAUCCAAACUUAGCACUUUGUCCAAUCACAAACGUCACCAGCAAUCCAAUGAACCACUCAGAAAUCGGAUAAAAUACAUGUCGCGGGUAUUAAGGGCGGGAAACACGUGCACGAGUCACAAGUUGUUUUGGUAUUACCUCUGAUUGGUUAAGAAAGUGGCGUGACUUUCUUUCAGCCAAUCACAAAUCGUUGCUAUGAAAACCCAAGCUAAUCGCAAAGAAAAAGAGUUUUGUCGGGGGAGGUUUCAACUCCGGAUUUAACCUUUUUGCUGUUGAAGGCCCCUCUUACUCGAACUCCCAAGGGAAGCAAAUGACACUGUCGACACUCCGAGAAUUUGAUUUGCCGAGCUAAAUUUAUCGGAAAAUUAAGCAGAACGGAAAGUGCGGUUACUUCGAGUUUUCGGGAAGUUCAAGUUAACGAGGUUAUGCUGUAAUCUCGCUGCAUUGUCUUGUUGGAUGUUGACCUUGUUUUACGUUCCACCAUACAGGUUCUUCAACAUCCCUGGGUUGUAAGCCGCUACCAGCUGCCUCAAAUCAGACUACACCAAGUUAGUAGUGUCUCAAGAAUCAAAGAAGCAGUCAAGGCAACCUUCUCAGCACUCUCUUCUCCUGACAACAAGAGGCUAAAGCCUGUUCAUGCCUCGCUGCUGGCACAGCGAAGAACCACCAAGAAAUCACCGAAAUGAGUAGUUUCGAGUUAUUUUUGUAACUGAAUUUUUGUACGUUUUUCUACGUUCUAGGGUUUUUGAUGACACGGUAGGAAAGCUCUUUAGAUACGGUUUACUUUGUACUAUAAUCGCCUCAGAGAUUUGGAUGCAUUUGUAGGCACAAAUCCAACAUUGGUAAAAAAUGUAACCACCACAAAAACAAGCAAACAAACAAACAAACAAAUGCCAGGGUUUUUUCACUGUUGUAAGGGAGAAUUUACGCGGUUUUUUCAUGUCAGUCCAGUUUACCGGGCUUUAAAUUGCGUUCUUCAUCAGAUACAUUGGGUCUAUGACAUCUUGUUCUUUCGUGCUUUCUUGUUUUGUUAAUUCCAUUGCUCAGAUGUUCUGAGAUUUCAACUUGAUAAAUUGAAAUUGUCUAGGUAUUGUGCAUAAUGCAAUGACCAAAUGAAAGAAAAAUACCGACUUGGCAGUACAACCAGAAAGCAAACUGAACUACAUCAAAGACUCGUAAGAGGUUGACAUUCAUCCCCAGUCUUCUCUUAUUUGUCCCUCGACUCUUGACCUGAGUAUGAAUCAUAAGAGACGAAUGGGUACGAGUGGCGCCUGGUAGAUUUCAACUUUGUGGUUAUAUAACAAUGUCGUUCACAGACGCAAAAUGUUAACCAUUAACUUUUAGUGUCAUAUCAUUAUUAAUAUUUAUGAAAAUGCAAACGUGAUGUCAUCACAAUGCAGAGAAAAACAAACAAACAAAUACAGAUAAUAAUUGCAAAUUACUUUCAAGACUUUUUGUUCGCCACGCGAAAUUCGUAGUUUUUUUGUCGUCAUUUCUAUGAUUCUGACCAGCAGAACUAAAGUGUAAAAAUAAUUGAAUGAUACAUUGAAUAAUGUUUUUGCUACAUGUAAAAUGAAUUAAAUUGACAAAAUAACUUUUCAAAUUCACCAUUUGAUUACAACUGUUUUAGGGAUGAGUGAGCUAUCAAGUCCCAAAAAGUGACCAACAUCAAUUUUCUCCUCACAAUAUCGAUACAUACUCAAGAGAAAGGGUGAGGAGAAUUAAUAGUAUGAUCAUUUAAAGGAAAAUUCUUUGAUCUUUUAACACAUUCUUUCAAUUUAUUCUAUAAUAAGUGUAUAGAGAUCAGUGUGGAAAAUUUGGGAUCAUUGUAAGUUUCUUGGAAACUGCCCACCUACCCCUCCCCUAAGCCAACAUUAACACUUACUUCUCUUUUAGGGCGAAAUGUUGGCUUAGGGCAGGGGUAGGUGGGCAGUUUCCCGGAAACUUAAAAUGAUCCAAAAUUUGUAUAUGGAUGUUGGGGCUUAAAAGGUUAAAAUUGGUUUCGCUCUUGGUUUGCUGCACAUUACAAUCCCAGAAAAUUGUUUAUCAAUUAAAAUGUACCAUAUAUUAGUUGUUUUUCAAAGACUUUGUUGGACAAGUUUAUACAAGUUUAUACUAGAUUAUAUACAGUGCAUUUUUUGGAAGAAUACAUUUACAGCAGUUGCUGUAACCUUUAGCCUAUAUACAGAUUAAAAUAAGAGACGUCCGUGUGCAGGCUAUUAACUUGUUACUAUUAACUUCGCAAAACAAAUUCUUUUAUAGUCAAGGUAUUUUCAUCAAGGGAAUGAUUUGAAUGUAUCCCGUCAAAGUAGAUUUCGGAAAAUAUUGAAGGAUAUUUCAUUAGCACACUUGAACUUCACAAUUCGGUAGCACACAAGAUAGAACGAGAUAGAAGCCGUUUAUUUGAAGAGAGCUGGUCUUCCUCAAAUUCCCAUGAAGAUACCAGUUAGGUUUCCGGUGAUAGUUACGACUAUGGAAGUUCUUUACCCGUUUGCCUCGUUUUCGCUCCAGUGAUUUUCAAAUAGGCCAUUUCCGAGAUGCCUAAGGCCUCUGUUCCAAAGAGAGGCUAAGUGCAAAACCAUUGAUAUAAAUAUGAUUAUUUAUUUUCAAGCAAAUGAAAUUCAUUUCUACAAGGAAGGUUUUGCACUUGGCCUCGUUUUGAAAGUGAGAAUGUGGAUCUCGGAAAAAGGCCUAUUGCUCC